AUGUCCCUACUUCAUAUUGCAGGAGAAGUGACAUUACAUGUAUAUGCGGCAGGGGUCAACCGACAAACUAAAUUCCAGGUUGUGGAUUGCACGUCAGCUUAUAACGCAAUAAUGGGAUGUCCCUGGAUUCAUGAUAUGAAAGCAGUACCUUCGACUCUUCAUCAAGCAAUCAAGUUUGCUACUCCAUGGGGAGUGCAAGAGAUCAAAGGAGAACAAGAAAAUUCCCGAUCUUGUUAUCAAACGACAUUGAAAGGAACUACAGAGCCCUCCAAUGACAUUCCACGGUGA